GACUGCUGAAGUCUCCGGUUAACAUGCUCCUGUAAAGAUUUGCAACAGUAUUAUUCAGACAGCGUGAGGUCAUCAGCACUUGAACUUUUCAGUUCUGGAGAAGCUGAAGUUGCUAGGAUAGGCUUCAGCACUCCCCGCGACCCUCGUGAGGAUAAGUGGCAAAGAAAAUGGAUGGAUGGAUGGAUGGAUUCAUGUGCAAGGGAGAGAAAGCAACGGCCAGAUUCGGGGGUGCCUGAAAAUUUAUCCUGUGCAUAGUGGAAGAGCAGGUAGCACACAACCCGCACAGUCAGGAUUGUCCCAGUGUGACGGUCUGAGCGCUCACGGUGCUGCAAAGUCUCUUUGUUCAGCGGUACAGUUCAGAGUCUGCGAGGUGGGAGGUGUAAUGGCAGUGAAUCGUCUAAGCUUGCUGCGUCCGCUCCUGUGUCAGUCCCUGGUGAGACCACUCAAAUGUACCCCCACGGUCCCCGCAAGGCUCGGGGCCACAACGUUGCUCCCCUGCAGCCCGGGCCACCGCAUUGCGUGCGCCCGACUUUAUGCCACCAAGAAGGCCAAAGCCAAGACAAAGGGACAGGCGGCAAAGGUGAAUAUAAGCGCCGCUCUGGUCGAAGACAUUAUAAGUCUGAAGGAAGUGAAGGAAGACAUGAUGGCUGUUGUCAAUGUGCUAAAAGAUGACUUCACACGCAACCUAAGCAUCAGAACUUCACCAGGAGCUCUGGACCACAUUCAGGUGUCAACACAAGACGGGAAGUUCCCUCUCAACCAGCUGGGCCAAGUCUCCAUGAAAUCCCCUCAGCUGAUUAUGGUCAAUAUGAGCAGCUACCCCGAGGCUACGGCGGCAGCUGUCCGUGCCCUGAGAGAGAGUAGCAUGAACCUCAACCCUGAUGUGGACGGGACAAUCAUCAAGGUGCCUGUUCCUAAGGUGACACGUGAGCACAGAGAAAACCUCGCCAAGACGGCCAAGCUGUUCAGCAACAAGGCCAAAGACUCACUGAGGAGGGUGCGCUCAAAUGCCGUUGCGCAAGUGAAAAAGGCAAAGGAGGGACACUCCGAGGACACCAUCCGACUCGUAGAGAAACAGAUUCAGCAGAUGGCCGACAACAUCGCGGCAGACAUUGAGAAGCAGCUGGCUGCCAAGACCAAAGAGCUGCUCAGCUGAAUGUGAGGAGGCACACAUGCGGCUAUUCAUACUUCAUCAUUCUGUCACAGCCACACCCACAGGCGGACAUCUUAAAUACGCAUGGUGUUGAUAUUCUACAGUAACAGCGACACGGUGGGAAAAGGUUUUGGACUUUUAUGUCGGUUUCACGUGUACGUGGGUGUUCGCACAAACUGGGGAAAAAAAGAGAAAAACUGGGUUGUUUUUCUGGACCUCUUUUUACAUGAUAAUCGGAUGGAUGUCUGUUGUGCAGGAUUCUGAAAAUUAAAACAUGGGAAAUUUUGUCUCAAAGAUACAAUGGUGGUUUUUGUGUGCACACUGAAAACGUUAAUUAAAUCCGAUUCAUCAAUAUAUUCUUACUCUGCGAAUAUGUUUAGAACGUCAACAGACCAUGCGCACAAGUUAUGAAAGCUUUUGAAAAAAUAAACAUCUUUUACUCAAUGUGCACAAUGUAUUGAAACUCAAUUAGUUAUUAAAAAAACUGUAAUGGUAAUAAGCUAUAUUCUGUUUUCCUUACCACUACACACCAACACUGAUGACAUAUAGUACAUUUCCGAGGUCAAAAGUAUUUUUGUUGCGGGCCAUAUCGUACUGACUC